GCCGUAGUAGGAUCGGUCACCUGCCUGCGUCUCUCAGGUGCGCGCUGCGCGGUCACGGAAAACCGAAGUUAGUAAGAUGGGCAAUUCUGACACCAAACUUAACUUCAGAAAAGCGGUGAUACAGCUUACAACCAAAACACAGCCCGUAGAGGCCUGUGAUGAUGUGUUCUGGGAUCAGUUCUGGACUGACAGUGAUUUGACAGCUCAGGAUAUUUUUGCAUUGAUUCCUGCUGCUGAGAUCCGUGCUGUGCGAGAGGAGUCUCCCUCCAAUCUGGCAACCCUUUGCUAUAAGGCGGUUGAGAGACUCGUGUUGAACGCAGACACCAGCUGUGCAUGCGAGAAAGACAGACAGAUUGUGCUGAGAUGCACUCGUCUGCUGACCCGGAUUCUGCCGUACAUCUUUGAAGAUCCAGACUGGCAUGGAUUCUUCUGGUCUACUGUUCCCAGAGCCGGAAAAUCUGGGAAUGAAAGUGAUGAUGAAUCCACACGGCCGCUGGCGGAGUCUCUCCUCACCGCCAUAGCUGAUUUACUGUUUUGCCCAGGUUUCACUGUGGAGAGUAACCACAGGACCAGUGUGAAUAAUGCUGCUGAUAUUCAGUCCAUAGACAGCUGUGAGUUCAUCUGGGAAGCUGGAGUUGGAUUUGCUCAGGCCCCGCCCCUUAACCACACCCAUGACUCCAACAGGACAGAGUUAUUGAAGCUUUUAUUAACAUGUUUCUCAGAAGACAUGUACCAGUCUCCAUCUGACAAACACACAAUUAAUCCUUGGGUGUCGUUCUUUUGCUCUAGAGAAAACAGACAUGCCCUGCCACUCUUCACCUCUCUUCUUAAUGUGGUGUGCGCUUAUGAUCCCAUCGGGUAUGGUAUACCGUACAAUCACCUGAUGUUCUCUGACCAGCGGGGGGCGCUAGUGGAGCUGGCGCUACAGAUCCUUAUCGUCUCAUUGGAGCAAGAGCUCAUUGACGCCACAAACACGAACAUCACAAAUCUGAGCACAAAUCCAGAAACAAGCUCAUCUGAUUCCAACAUGAAGACACCUGCUGAGGGGUGCCAGGCCACACAAGUUGAGAAUUUGUUUGUAAACUACCUGUCCCGGAUUCAUCGAGAGGAGGACUUUAAUUUUAUCUUGCGAGGAAUCGGUGGACUGUUGAAUAACCCAGUGCUACAGACAUAUCUGCCCAAUUCAUGUAAAAAGAUUCAGUUUCAUCAGGAGCUGCUGGUUCUCUUCUGGAAACUCUGUGACCUCAACAAGAAGUUCUUGUUUUAUGUGUUGAAAAGCAGCGAUGUGCUGGAAAUUCUGGUGCCAAUUCUCUUUUUUCUGAACGAUGCCCGAGCCAAUCAGUCACGAGUGGGACUGGUGCACAUCGGUGUGUUUAUCCUGCUGCUGUUGAGUGGCGAGAGGAAUUUCGGGGUGCGUCUGAAUAAGCCCUACACCGUACGCGUGCCGAUGGACAUUAGCGUGUUUGCUGGGAAUCAUGCUGACCUGCUGAUAGUGGUUUUUCAUAAGAUGAUCACCAGCGGACACCAGCGACUUCAGCCGCUCUACGACUGCCUGCUUACCAUCAUAGUCAAUGUGUCUCCUUAUCUGAAGAGUUUGUCUAUGGUCGGCGCUAACAAACUCCUUCAUCUGCUAGAGGUUUUCUCCAACGGUUGGUUCCUGUUCUCCUCGCCGUUCAACCACCACCUGGUUUUCUUUCUGCUAGAAGUUUUUAACAACAUCAUCCAGUAUCAGUUUGAUGGGAACUUUAACUUGGUCUACAGCAUCAUUCGAAAGCGCAGUCUCUUCCACCAGCUGGCCAACCUCUCUACAGACAUCAUUUCCAUCCAGAAAGCUUUGCAGAAGAGAAGCAGAAGCAACAAUCAUGCGGAGUUGAAUAAUCCCUUAAACAUGACGACCAGCGAGGGAGCGUUUAAAACCACACCUGUACAAACAGGCACUCUCAAUGCAAGCUUGAAGGCAAUGCCAGGCAUUGAUAAACUAACAGAAAAGUCACAAGUUUCUGAGGAUGGAAGUACCGUAUUACUGGAGAAUAGACAAUCAGAGCACAGCUUUCAAACAGGAGAGGCUGUUUCAACCUCAUGGAGAGAUGACAAGUCUUUAAAUGGGAAUUGUGAUGGAAAAGACAACAGCGUGUCCUGCACCUCAGACUGGACUCCAUCUCCGGACUGGGUCCUCUCCUGGAAGAGUAAACUUCCUCUUCAGACUAUAAUGAGACUGCUGCAGGUAUUGGUGCCACAGGUGGAGAAAAUCUGCAUAGACAAGGGUUUAACCGAUGAGUCUGAGAUCCUGAAGUUUCUACAGCACGGGACGCUGGUGGGUUUGUUGCCGGUUCCUCAUCCCAUCCUCAUCCGCAGGUAUCAGGCCAACGAAGGCACGGCUCUGUGGUUUCGUACGUACAUGUGGGGCGUCAUUUACUUACGUACCGUGGAUCCUCCUGUUUGGUACGACACCGAUGUCAAACUCUUUGAGAUCCAGAGAGUUUAAAGACAUGAUGACCACUCAAAACACCUCCCAUUGUAAAUAAAAUCAACUAACAUAAAUGUAAUCACAACAUCAGGAAAUUUUUUGUAAACUGUGCUUAUACAGCUUAAUAUUUUUGUUUUAUGUUCUUUAUGAGUCUGGUUCCAAAACGAGAUCAAUCAGUUUUUUCAUUGUACAUUUCAAUUAAUAUUGAUCAAACUGCAAUUGGUUUGUUUUGAUUUAAGCCUUCAAAAAUAAAAAAAUACAGAUAAGUAGCACAAUAAAAAACAUGAUAACAUAAUAAUAAUAAACAUGUUUUGACAAAAAAAAUGAAAAUAUUUAUCUCGUUUUUGAACCAAACUCUUUAUAUGUAACGCUGCAAAAAAUAAUUUUAUAAUCAGUAUUUUGUUUUGUUUUACAGUAAAACAUCUAAACAUCCUUAAGGAAUAUAGAAGGUGUAAGAUGAUUAUUUAAGAAAAUAAAGUUUUGUUUUAUUUUGUUUUGUUUUAAGAAUUUACAGUUAAAAGAUUCUGUAUAAAUUACAGUAUACAGCUGUUUACAGUAACUUACUGUAGAUUUAAAUUUGUUAUUUACUGACAACAGUUUGUUCAAAGUUAACUGCGCAUUAAACAUUAACAAGUCUUUAUCUUUACUGAAUAAAACUAUAAAAUAAAAGCCUCAUGCAAAGCAUUCUGGAAACCAAAAUCUGAAGGAAAAAACUGAACAAGGUUGAUAAGGAUUUCUGGUUCCCAGAAAGCUUUGCAUGAAGCUGUUAUUUUAUAUUUUACUCUGUUAAGAUAAAGACUUUGAACAAACUGUUGCCCAAUAAUGACAAAGUUAAAUCUACAGUAAGUUACUGACAAAUAGUUGCAUAACUACAGCAAAUUUUUAUAGUGUAAGACCCUUUAUUGGCAAACAGUGUUUGCUCUUUGCUUCAUGUAAGACCAAAUAUUUUGCUAGCAAAAACAAUAAUGAUUUAGAAAAUAAUUUCUUGCUGUAAAUAUAAUAAAAGGUAGUAUUCAUUUAACCCUCGUGUGGUGUUCAUAUUUCUGUUACUUAGACAAUGUUUGUGGGUCUAGUGGACCCACUGCAUUAUUUGUAUCUUAAAACAAUGCAGUCAUACAAAUUUAUGUAUAAUUGUUUACAGAUGUUUACUUUAGCCUUAUUGCAGUAAAAUAAACAGAAUAUAUGGUUAAUAUUUGUCAUUUACCACUAGUAGAGGACUAUUUAUAGAUUCAAGUGCUAUUCGUUUUUGUGAUAAUAUGAAAUAAGAGAAGAAAAUUCUAUUCUCCCCCAGAUAUUGGGGAAAAACAUGUUUAUCU